UAGGGGCAAUCCUAAAAUGAUUUUCAUCUCUUUUCUUAACAAUUUGGUGAAAGGACUUGAAUCAUUUGAUGCUCAUAACUCCACCGAUCUCUUUCCCUCCCCAGAAAAGUGGAUACUAAUGAGUGCCUAUAAAUCCGGUUCUAUUACAUGUACUCAAUACUAUGCUAAAUUCUGAGUCAUUUUCUCAAGGGCCUAGACCAUUCUCUCUCUCUCUCUCUCUCUCUCUCUCUAUAAAUUCCCCACCACUGAUCACUCCUGUUUCUGAUCGAAGUCUUCCCCAGUUCCAAAGAUCCGUCAUAACUUGAUCAAGUUACAAAAAAAAAAAAAUUAGCUGAAAAUGGAAGUAGAAAACCAGGUGGAUACAUGGGAAGGCUAUGUGGAUUGGAGGCACAAACCUGCAGUGAGAGGGCGCCAUGGUGGCAUGCUUGCCGCCUCUUUCGUUUUGGUUGUGGAAGUAUUGGAGAACUUGGCGUUUCUGGCAAAUGCGAGCAACUUGGUGCUGUACAUGGCGGAGUACAUGCACUUCACGCCGUCGAACGCGGCGAAUUCAGUCACCAAUUUCAUGGGGACGGCGUUCCUCCUGGCCCUACUCGGUGGUUUCCUAUCGGACGCUUUCUUCAUUUCUUAUCUUAUCUACCUGAUAAGCGCAGUGCUUGAGUUGCUGGGCUUGGUCAUACUCACAGUACAAGCUCAAUCCCCCUCCCUAAAGCCGCCUCCAUGCAACGCCGAAACCUCCACCACCCCAUGCCAGCAAGUCGGCGGCAGCAAAGCUGCGAUGCUGUUCAUAGGCUUGUACACGGUGGCACUGGGCGUCGGAGGCAUAAAAGGAUCACUGCCGGUGCAUGGAGCAGAGCAGUUCGACGAGAGCACCCCUCAGGGGAGGAAGCAAAGGUCCACUUUCUUCAACUACUUCGUCUUCUGCCUCUCGUGUGGCGGCCUUAUCGCCGUGACUUUUGUGGUGUGGAUUGAGGACAACAAGGGGUGGCAGUGGGGUUUUGUUCUCUGCACUAUUGCUAUACUGGUGUCUAUUCCUAUUUUUCUGGCUGGUUCUUGUUUUUACAGGAACAAGAUCCCUUGUGGAAGUCCACUUACAACCAUUUGCAAGGUUCUUUUAGCAGCUAUACUCAACUCUUGCCUAGGCAGAAGUUCCAGCAACGCAAUCGCGAGCACAGCCACAAGUCCUCCUCCUCCAACCCGAAUCAGCAAGGAAGAAGAAGAAUCAGAAGAUGAAGAACCAAAUACCAAAGCCAUUGAACCCGUUGCCUCCCCAUCAAAAAGCCUCAAAUUCCUCAACAGAGCAGUCGCCAAAAGGCCAGUCCUCAAUGCAUUACAUUGCACGACGCAACAAGUAGAAGAUGUCAAAAUCGUCAUAAAAAUCCUCCCGAUUUUCGCCUGCACGAUCAUGCUCAACUGCUGCCUUGCUCAGCUCUCCACAUUCUCGGUCCAACAAUCUGCCACCAUGGACACCAGAGUCGGCUCCCUAACAGUCCCACCGGCGUCCCUUCCCAUUUUCCCAAUAGUCUUCAUCAUGAUCCUUGCACCGGUCUAUGACCAUCUCAUCAUCCCAUUCGCGCGUAAAGUAACCAAAUCCGAAAUGGGUAUCUCUCAUUUACAAAGAAUAGGAGUCGGACUAUUCCUAUCAAUUGUUGCAAUGGCAAUAGCAGCACUAGUUGAAAUAAAGCGCAAGAGGGUGGCUACCGAAAACGGACUCCUUGAUUCCCCCAACCCAUUACCCAUCUCAUUCUUCUGGAUUGCUUUUCAGUACUUGUUUCUGGGGUCGGCUGAUCUUUUCACAUUGGCCGGUUUGCUGGAGUUUUUCUUCACGGAGGCGCCCAGUAGGAUGAGAUCUCUCGCGACUUCUCUCUCCUGGGCGUCUCUGGCCGUGGGGUACUACCUUAGCACGGUGAUUGUGUCAAUUGUCAACAGUGUGACAGGGCAUUCCAAGCACCAGCCGUGGCUUUCCGGUACGAACUUGAAUCACUAUCACCUAGAACGAUUCUACUGGGUGAUGUGUGUGCUGAGUGGAUUGAACUUCUUGCACUACCUCUUCUGGGCCAACCGGUACAAGUAUAGAUCGAAAAGGUGAACUCGUAAAACAAGCAGUUGGAUGAUGGAUGAUUUCGGUGUCGAUAAAUAUUUGCCAAAAAGAAUUGCUGCAUCUUUUUUUGUUUUGGUUCAUUGCCUCCCAGAAUCAUAUGGCAUCUCAUAAUAGGUGGCUUAUACAGAUUGAGGACUUUGUUUUGUAAUCAUCAUUUCCAUUAGAAUUGAACGGGAUAUCAAAUGGUCUAUGAUCAUAUAGUAUUUACUA